AUGCACAAUGAAAGUUUGGACAAUGAUUACAAGACGAAGGGCUUCGGUCUAGAGAACACUAUCCACGUGACUGCUCCCAGCAUACUGAACAAGCCCUCGCAAACGAUGCCUCAGCGGUCGCCAUUUGCUAUCCAGGAGCUCCUUGGGCUCAGUGACUCCCAUCACAGGUCGCCCACGGCUGCCGUGUCUGCCAUUACGCCCAAUGUGUAUCCCCAGCGCCACCAUCUGCAGGCGCCCACCUCGUGUUUUCCCUCCGACCAUGGGUUCAACCACCACCACAUGACCAUGGCGGCUAGCCGGAUGGCUUAUUUCAACGCUCAGGCGGCGGUAGCGGCGGCUUUUUUUCCGAAUAAUAUUGCCGCGGCGGCGGGGAUGAACAACGGGGCAGGUUCUCCGGCUGCGGUUUUGGGACUGGCUGCCCAUCAGACUGGGGGGUCCGGUGAGUCAUUUUGA